AAAUGCCUAGGAAGAUGGUUGUGAUCUUUGGAGCCUCAAAUAUACUUUGGAUGGUGUUUGCAGUUUCUCAAGCUUUUAAAAUCGACAUCUCCCCUGAAUCCAAAAUUAUUGCUCAGAUUGGUGACUCCAUCUCACUGACUUGUAGCACAACAGGCUGCGAGACCCCAUCGUUCUCCUGGAGAACUCAGAUAGACAGUCCACUGAACGGGAAGGUGAGAAAUGAGGGGACCAAAUCCACGCUGACCAUGGAUCCUGUUAGUCUGGGGAAUGAACACUAUUACCUGUGCACAGUGAUUUGUGAGUCUCAGAAACUGGAAAAAGGAAUCCCAGUGGAGAUCUACUCUUUCCCUAAGGACCCAGAGAUUCAUUUGAGUGACCCCCUGGAGGUUGGGAAGCCAGUCACAGUCACGUGUUUGGUCCCUGAUGUUUACCCAUUUGAAAGGCUGGAGAUAGAAUUACUGAAGGGCAACCAUUCCGUGAAGAAACAGAACUUUCUGGAGGUUUCAGAAAUGAAGUCCCAGGAAACGAAGAGUUUGGAAGUAACCUUCAUUCCUAUUGAUGAGGAUAUUGGGAAAGCUCUUGUUUGUCAAGCUACAUUACACAUUAAUGAAAUUGAUUCUCAACCCCAAGUAAGGGAGACUACAAAAACACUGCAAGUCUACAUCUCACCCAAGGACACAGUUAUAUCUGUGAAUCCCUCCACAAGCCUGCAAGAAGGUGACUCCGUGACGAUGACAUGUACCAGUGAAGGUCUACCAGCUCCACAGAUUUUCUGGAGCAAGAAAUUAGACAAUGGGAAUCUACAGCUCCUUUCUGAGAAUGCAACUCUCACUUUAAUUGCUAUGAGGAUGGAAGAUUCUGGAAUUUAUGUGUGUGAAGGAGGUAAUCCGGUUGGGAAAGACAGAAAAGAGGUGAAAUUAAUUGUUCAAGAGAAAAUGUUUACUGUAGAGAUCUCUCCUGGAUCCCAGAUUGCUGCUCAGAUUGGCGACUCAGUUGUACUGACCUGUGAUGUCAUGGGUUGUGAGUCUCCAUCUUUCUCUUGGAGAACCCAGAUAGACAGCCCUCUGAACGGGAAGGUGAGGAGCGAGGGGUCCAAGUCCACGUUGACCCUGAGCCCUGUGAGAUUUGAGAACGAACAUUUUUAUCUGUGCACCGUGACAUGUGGGCAUAAGAAACUGGAAAAGGGAAUCCAUGUGGAGCUCUACUCCUUCCUUAGAGAUCCAGAAAUUGAGAUGAGUGGUCUGUUAGUGAGUGGAAACCCAGUCACUGUAAGCUGUAAGGUUCCUGAUGUGUAUCCUUUUGACCGGCUGGAAAUUGAAUUACUUAAAGGGGAGAAUAUUAUGAAGAAUAAAAUCUUUUUGGAAGAUGUAAGUAAGAAAUCUCUAGAGACCAAGAGUUUGGAAAUGACCUUCAUCCCCACCACUGAAGACACUGGAAAAGUUCUUGUUUGUCUGGCUAAGUUACCUAUUGACAAAAUGGAAUUUGAACCCAAACAAAGGCAGAGUACACAGAUACUAUAUGUUAAUGUUGCUCCCGGGGAUACAACCAUCUUGGUCAGCCCUUCCUCCAUCCUGGAGGAAGGUAGAUCUGUGAAUAUGACAUGCUCUAGCGAUGGCCUUCCAGCUCCGAAAAUCCUGUGGAGCAGGCUGCUAAAUAACGGGGAUCUACAGCCUCUUUCUGAGAAUACCACUCUUACCUUAACGUCUACAAAAAUGGAAGAUUCUGGUAUUUAUGUCUGUGAAGGCAUUAACCAGGUUGGAAUAAGCAGAAAAGAAGUCGAAUUAAUUAUCCAAGUUGCUCCAAAAGAUGUACGACUUACAGCUUUUCCUUCUGAGAGUGUCAAGGAAGGAGACACUGUCAUUAUCUCCUGUACAUGUGGAAAUGUUCCCCAAACUUUGAUAAUCCUGAAGAAAAAAGCAGAGUCAGGCUACAUAGUGCUGAAGUCUACAGAUGGUGCAUAUACCAUCCACAGGGCCCAGUUGGAGGAUGCGGGAGUAUACGAAUGUGAAUCUAAAAAUGAAGUUGGCUUGCAAUUAAGAAGCAUAACACUUGAUGUUAAAGGAAGAGAAAGUAACAAGCACUAUUUUUCUCCUGAACUUCUUGUGCUCUAUUGUGCAUCCUCCUUAAUAAUACCUGCCAUUGGAAUGAUUAUUUACUUUGCUAGAAAAGCCAACAUGAAAGGGUCAUACAGUCUUGUAGAAGCACAGAAAUCAAAAGUGUAGCUAAUGUUUGAAAUGUUCAUUCAGAGACACUAUUUAUCAGUUCAAAUCCUCAGUACUGCUCAUCAUUCCAUGAGGAAAACAACAAGCUAGGAGUCCAGACUUCCUUGAAUGUAGUGAACUCUUGGAAAGAAAUGGCUGCCUAGGCCCCUUGUUGUGAGCAAGAAGCCAAAGGAAAAUUUGUGCCUAAAAAAUAGGCACUACCUUUGAGAU